ACGUCAUCAGAAGACAGAUCUGCGAAUCGUAGGGUGAUUGGCAAGAGUUGGUGGCAACGUGGAUGUCGUGUGGUAUCGCUAUGAGUGUGGCUUUCGUAUCCUCGGUGUGUUUGUGUUUCAUCCGCCAUGAAUUCGUGGAAUAAAGGGCCUGUGAAUGAAGAGGGAACGUCCAUCUUCAUCUUGAUUCCUGCUCUUUUGAGCGUAGCAGCAGUGUGGAGUGUACGUCGAUGGUGGAACAGUAGUUUGACGUUGCAUACCCAUGCUGUCAGUCGUCGUAGAAAAGUCACCCGCGACCCUACACUUGCCAGAAGGCCUCCUCCUUUUCCAAUUUUAGUCCACAAUCAUGUUAAUUCGAGAUGUCAAGUCCAGGCGGAUAGUAUUCAAAAUUGUCAGAAAAAGAAAGGAACAUCUUUAAAGUCUGAAUCGUCUUCUGUAAAUAUGCCUGGUGGUCGACGGAACAUAAGUAGAAGUUCGGGACGCCCUCCACCUCCUUCUGUUAAUUUGCAAGUUGAAGAAAAUCAUAGAAACAAAUAUGUAUGUAAAUGCUAUUCAGCUGACUUUAUCCAGUCGAAAUUGAACAGAUCUCUCGGUGAUGUAUUGGAUUCAUCAGUGACUAGGCAAAUAGUCCCUAAGCAUAUUCCAGCACCUAACAUACCUCAAGAUGGGGACAUUUUAUUUGAAGUGAUGAUGUUUAGUUUUACCAGUGUGACAUCAUUUCUUCAGUUUCUACAUUUAUAUCGCACAGUCUGGUGGUUACCACAGUCAUACACCAGAUAUACAAUGAAUUUUUAUUUAAUUGAUCCAUACCUUGUGGGAUUUAUAAUUACCAUUCUUGGUAGUCGUUUAGUGUACUGUGCCUUAUCAAGAAUUGUGAUGUGGUGGAGUCCUGAAUCUUUGACACCUGUUUUGCAGCAGCUUGUCAGAUUAAUUUUACUUGUUGUGGUUUUGUCAUCUCUUGUGUGGUGUGCAUAUCAUGUUAUGCAAAAUCAUCCAAUUGUCAACAUUUUUUACCUCUGCUACCCAAUUUCUGUGUAUUUUAUUUUAUUUGGUCUGAGUAUAAGUCCAUUCUUUGACAUAAAUGCUCUGCCUCCUGUCUUGAAGGAUGAGUGUAAAUUAAGGGGAUUAAUUGGUAAGCCAACGCACACCUGUUCGCUCUCUCCUCAAGUUAUUCGAGAAGAGGUGGAACAUUUAAAAACAGAUUUCAACAACAGAAUGAAACAAAUAUUAUUUAGUUCAGUUCUCAAUGCGUAUUAUGCAGGAUUUGUUCCUUGCUGUUUUGCACAGAGCUUUCUUUAUUAUGAUGUAUAUUGGGCAACACAACACUUAGCAUUUGUGUGGCUUGGGUGCUUUACAAUGUACAUAGUACAUUGUUACCCAGUGAAGUAUUGUGAUGUUCUUCAUCGAGCUGCACUACAUUUAGGCCGCUGGGCAAAAAUUGAAGGGAGGUCAUCUCAUAUUCCAACCCAUGUAUGGGCCGAGGGCACAUUGUGGCAUCAAGGAGCAUUAGUGAAGCAUUGCAAGGAGUUGUACAAAGCAGAAGGAAUAUCUAAUGCAGCAGAACCUGGAAACCAGACACAUGCGAGAUUCUAUGCGGUGUUUCACAAUCCCUCUGUCUUCGUGUGUUCUCUCCUCGGUCUUCAAUUAUCUGUUGUUUUUGUACAAAUUGUGGUCCUUGUUAGAUCAUCUGAGUGGUACCAUGUGGUGUCUUUAGCCCUCUUAUUGUUUGCUAACUAUUACACCCUUUUCAAAUUGUGCCGUGACUAUCUGGUCUGUUGGAAAGUGUAUAAGGCAGAACAAAUGAUUCAAGACAAGAUUGGGGGUUGAAAUAUCUCCACAAAAGCCGGUUCCACAUGAAGCAGUCUAGCCAUUUUGAUUGUAACAAAACAUUUGAUUGUAAUGAUUGAAAAUGUUAUUUUUUAUAGUACUUGUUUAGUUAUAGAAAAACCUUCAAUCUUUUCAUGUAAAAGUGUUUUUUAAAUGCUGUUUUCCCGAUUUGAUUAAAGGUCAGAGUGACAAAAAGGCGAUAUUCAUUAGCAAUUACCCUUUCAAGUAUCUAUUGUUUAAGUUGGCAUCUUCUGGUUGAUAAGAUUUCAUUUCAUGCAAAUAUUGAAUUGUGAACAUCUGAUAAGAGAUGCAAUUAUGAAACCGAAUGUAUAACUAGAUUGAUCAUUUUAAUUAAAAAAUGAAAACCUAAAAAUUACAUUAAGUGACAAGCACUGCAAACCAAAGUCGAUGUUUGUUUGGGUGGGUGUAAAAUUAGAUGUGAAAAGCUGUUGCCUUAUUAUUCUACUUCUCUGAUGUUACAUACAAAAGUAAUUCUUUUAUAUUAAUUAAUUAAUAUUAUAUAUAUAU